GAAAACUCUGUCUGCGAAAACACUUAUGAAUGAUUUAACUAGGAAAUCCGAAAUUUUAAAGAGUUAAUUUAAAAACCCAACAAAUUUGAGUGUACAUUUUCGGAGAAUGGAUGCCGAAGGAAAAAAGGAAUUGCGACUGGAUCCGCCGCUCUUUGUGACCUGCGACCUGGAUCAGUUUCGGGAUCCGAAUAAGAAACGUGCCGCCAACGAUGCCUGCGAGGAGCUGGACAAGCUGGAUGCCCAGGACGAGAUCAGUGUAUCCAGUAUAAUCUCGGCCCUUUUGCAUCCGAUCGAGCCCUCGGAUGAUCAGUACAAGGUGUGCGACUGGGGCAUCAAUCCCAAGCAGUUCCUGCCCACCAAACAGGCGGUCAUCUUCAAGGAGCAGUUGUUCGUCUCCAAGUUGCGCAACACCAACUGCAAGUUGAACGAGAACCUGAAGAUCUUCUUCGAGCGCGAACUGGAGCAAAUCGGGAGAUUCUGCUUAAAUGUGGAGGAGGCCUACGAUGGCUAUAUGAUCUUCAGCAGCAGCAAAAUGAAGAAGGGCAAGGGCCUGGUGGAAUGUGGCCACCAGCUGAAGGGCAAGUACGAUGACAAGUUUCUGCUCAUUUGCGAGAAGAGGUCGGAGUUCGAUCGAAUCGAUAAUACGCGUGUGGAGAAGACCCUGGAGCUGCGAAAUCAUGCGGAUUUGAUGCUCACCGCCAUUCGCGAGACGAAGAUCAAUGAGGAAGUGCAACGUUUCAAAGCACGCAUCGAUAUCAAGGAUCGCGAUCACGUGUUCGUCCUGGAUGGUGGUAUUAUGCUGCUGAUGCGCCACCUGGUCUGCAACAACUUUGUGGGCAACUUCGAGUAUUACACAAUGAACCUGUAUGGCCGAGUGCUGCGAUGCAAUCUGGUGGUUUCCAAGGAGCGCAAGAUAGUGCGCAUUUUCUAUCGCACCUAUAAGAACGUCGUGCAUAUCUUCACACAGCAGUGUUUCAACGAUGAACUGCAGGAUGUGGCGGAGAUCUUCAUGUCUCCGGAGGGUAGGAUCGUCCUGCAUUAUUGGCGAGGCUACAACUAUCUCCUACAUGCCGCAUGUAUGCCUCCAAAAAGGAAGGAGCCCAUCCUGCCCAAAAUGGAACUGAUGUGGCGCCAAAAUGAACAGCUCUCUCGGAAGUUUCGGGAGCUCAAGGCCCUCAACUAUGAGAACGCCACCAAAUAUCUGAGCAGCAACUCCCAACUAGCCGACUUUAUGCAGGACUACGUACUCAAUCUACUGCGAUAUAAGCCCACCAAUGUCCUCGAGUUCUCCAUCAUGUUCUUUCAAAAUAUGUCGAGAGAUUAGUCUUCUCUCCACUGGGUUUUUUCUAAAUUGAUAGUGUUUAGUGGAGAUUUAAGACAAGUUAUACAAAAAUCCAAAGCUCUUUUCAUUAGUUAUUUCAUUUAUUGUAAUUUUGUUAUAGUUUGAAAAUAAAGUUAAAAUUUUAAAAUUUA